AUGCUCUCUAUUUUCCGCGAUCCGGGAUCGGUUCCCGCGCACUACGUUCCCGACGCGGAGGGCGACGCGGAGAUUAACGCGGAGGGCGACGCGGGGAGAUUAAUUCCCGUGCUGGUGGAGGUGAAGCGGAAGGGAGGCGAGGCGCGGUACUGUCAGAAGUGCGGCGCGUACAAGCCGGCGCGCUGCCACCACUGCCGCAUCUGCAAGCGCUGCGUGCUGAGAAUGGACCACCACUGUGUGUGGAUCAACAACUGCGUGGGCCACGCCAACUACAAGGCCUUCUUCCUCUUUGUGCUCUACGAUGUCAUUGCUCUCACUCACACCGUGGCUCUCCUCAUUGCCUUCUUCAUUUCCUCCUGGUCUGCUGACCCCCUCCCGCGCUCCUCCACGGCUCAUCUCGACUCCUCAGCAGCAUCAACAACAACGGCAGCAGCAGCAGCAGUGGCAGCAGCAGCGGCAGCAGUGGGGCAAGAGGCGUACUCUCAGCCGGCAUUGCUGCUCGUACCCUCCCCAGUCACCUGCUCUGUGCUCCGGGCACUGUGCUUGCUUGUGAGUCUACCACUGCUGAUCGCUCUGGUGGUGCUGCUCGUGUGGCACUGCUACCUCAUUGCCAUCAACAAAACCACCAUUGAGCACUAUGAGGGUGUGAGGGCGAGACUAGUGAGCCCAAGACCAGUGGUGCCAAGUCAACCACCCCCCUCCCACCCAUACGACCUUGGGAUCAUCGCCAACCUCUCUGCAGUAAGCACUCGCAACCCUUUCCCCUCUGCUUCCUCCCACCCAUACGACCUUGGGAUUAUCGCCAAUCUCUCUACCAUAAGCUCUCCUAACCCUUUCCGGAGUGUUUUAGGACCAGAGGCGCUGUGCUGGCUGUGUCCCAACACAUGCUUUCUACGUAAUGUAUUCCAUUGCCCAAAGCACCUCUCCCCUUCAAUUUCUUCUCUCUUCCUCCUCACUUUCCCCCCCUCCCUCCUCCAGAUCCUAGGGCCAGAGGCGCUGUGCUGGCUGUGUCCCAACGACACGCGGCACAUCUCAGACGGGCUGCACUUUGACACCGCCUAUUCCAUCUCACGCCGCUCCCAGCUCUCUCUCAACCACCACACCGGCCACCUGGACCAUGUAGACCGCCUAUUAUGA